GUUUAAUUUCAGUCAUAAAAUCUUCUUUGAUUUUCUUCACCAAAAUCAAGUUCUGCUCUUUCUUUUAUGUUUUUUUUUUUAUCUCUAAACCAAAAUCAAUCCAACUUUAAGUGUACUCUUGUUCUCUCUCUCUCUCUCUCUCUCUCAAAAAAAAAAAAAAAAACCUUUCUAUAAACCAAACAAAAGAUUAGAAAAAAAAAGUCUAGUUCUGUAGCUGUGGUUUUUGCUUGAUCUUGGUUUCUGAGCAAGCACCAAUAUCUGUUAUAUGCCAGUUGAGUAGUAGAAAGAAAGGCAAUUGGUAGCAUGGACUUCAUUAUUUCAAUUGCAACCAAAAUAGUUGAGUAUGCAGUGGCACCAGCGGGUCGACAGUUGGGCUAUCUAUUUCACUACACAGCCAACGUAAGUGAACUCAGGAAUCAAUUGGAAGAUUUGAACAAUGCCACACAAAGAAUGGAACGCCGUGUCAAUGAAGCAUUAAAUAAUUGUCAUGAAAUCGAAGUUGAUGUUCAAACAUGGCUGAACAAUGCUGGAAAAGUCUCUGUAGAGGCCAUCACAUUUCUUAACCCCGAAAGCCAUGCACAGGCCUUGUGCUCUUGUGGAUCGCCUCAUCAUUUGGUGAUGCGACACCAACUGAGUAGGAAAGCAAAGAAGAUGUCAAACAAUGUACGUGUAGUUGUCUCCAAGAAAAACGAAUUUGAUUCUGUUCCAAUUUCGUAUCCUCGUCAGCCAGAAGGAUCCUCUACAACACCAGCGAAAGGGUACCAGACUUUUGAUUCAAGGAGUAGAAUUAUGAAGAAGAUAAUGGCAGCUGUGGGAGAUGGUAAUAGGAGGAGGAUAGGGUUGCAUGGAAUGGGUGGGGUUGGCAAAACUAUGCUUGCGGAUGAAAUUGGUAGACGAGCUCAAGAAGAGAAGCUGUUUAGUAAGGUGGUUAAAAUCACUAUUUCUCAAACACCUAAUACAAAAGAGAUUCAACAACAAAUUGCUGAAAUGCUAGAUAUAACAAGUUUCAACCAAAUAGAAAGCACAAGCAAGAGAGCAGAGCUACUUCGAAUGCGGUUGAAGCAAGAGGAAAACAAGAUUUUAUUAAUCCUCGACGAUAUUUGGAAGGAACUUGAUCUGGAAGCUAUUGGAAUCGACCAUCAAGAGUCUAGGAUGCUGCUUACCUCUAGAUAUCUACAUGUUUUACGCAACUUCAUGGAUGUUGAUGAGAGUAAUGUGUUCUUAAUUGAAGCUUUGGAGUCGAGCGAAGGCAUAAGUUUGUUUAAGAGAAUCAUUGGAGAGACUAAAGUUGAAAAGAGUGGAGAUUACAAGGCUCUAGCACUUGAGAUUGUUGAUGAAUGUGCAGGACUGCCAAUUGCCAUUGCGACAGUGGCACAUGCUUUGAAAUGCAAUAAUAUGGAUAACUUGUUCAUAUGGAAGGAUGCGUUGCAACGACUAAAGAAUUCCAACUUUAGGGGAAUUGAGGGAAUGCAUGACAAAGUGUACUUGAGUAUUCGAUUGAGUUAUGAUUUUCUUGGAAGACAUGAGGAGGAGGCCAAGUCAUUGCUAUUGCUUUGUGCUUUACAUAAAGAAGAUCAACAAAUAGACGUGGAAGACUUGAUUCGAUACAGCAUUGGCUGGAACUUGCUUCAAGGAGUGAGAACAGUGAGUGAAGCAAGAAACAGGGUGAAUUCGUUGGUUGUUAAAUUGAAAUCUCAUUGUCUUUUGUUGGAUGAAACUGAGACUGAUAAAGUGAAGAUGCACGAUGUCAUUCGAGAUGUUUGCAUAGCGAUUGCAAAGGAAGAUGAUGAUGAUGAUCAUGGGCAUAGGAUGUUCAUGAAUAGCAUUACUAGUGCUGCUACCUAUGAAGAAUUAGUUGUUCAUCAAAGGCAUAAAGCAUCUAAAGCAAUCUCCUUUGUUGAUUUUGAUGAUUUUGAUAAUCUUCCUCAGAUAUUGGAAUGUCCUGGGUUAGAAUUACUUCUUCUAUCUAGAACUCGCCUUUGUUUGGAAUCAAUUCCAAAUGACUUCUUUGAACAAACUGGGCAACUUAAAUCGUUGGGUAUGAAUGGUGCACGCCUAAGAUCAUUACCUUUGUCUUUUCGUUUGCUUCAAAAUCUCCAAACAUUAUGUCUGUGUGGUUCUUUUAUAGAAGACAUAGCGGUGAUUGGUGAGUUAAAGAAUUUAAAAGUUCUUGAUGUGUCCUGGUCUUUUUUCAUUAAGCGACUGCCAAAAGAAAUAGGAGCAUUGCAGCGUUUGCAAGUGCUAGAUCUACGAGUAUGUAGAAAUUUAAAAGUGAUCGAGGCGAAUGUCAUUUCAAAUUUGACACAAAUGGAAGAACUCUAUCUUCCUACUACAUUUGAGAGAUGGGAUAAAAUUGAAGAAGACGGAACAAGAAAUGCCAGUCUUAUCGAGAUAAAGAGUUUGCAACGACUAACAGCUUUAUGUUUGUAUGUUCCAAGUGAUCAACAUGUCUUGCCAGAGGGUUUGUUUGAUGAAAAAUUGGAAAGAUACCAAAUAUCUAUUAGAGGCGAUAGAUAUUUGGAUGAUAAAAUUUCAUCAAGCAGGUGCUUGCACUUAUGUCUCUCUCAAUUGGAUCAAGUAUAUGCACGUGAACUUGUAGCGUUUAUGACAAGGUCUGAAUAUUUAUCACUAGAGGGAUAUUUUGAUGUUGCUCCAUGUUUGGUUAAAGAAGGUUUUCCUAGAUUAAAGGAAUUGACUUUUGAGGCAAAUGAAGGCGCCAAAUAUAUCAUUAAUCCGACAGACAUGAUGAUUCAUGAUCAAGAAGCCUUUCCAUGUUUGGAGGAAUUAACACUUCGACAUUUAGAAAGCUUGGAAAGCAUUGUAAGUAAUAUUAAUGUACUCCCAAGAGGGUCUUUCUUCAAUCAAUUGAGAAAGGUGGAUGUGUACCGUUGUGGUAGAUUAAAGAAUUUGUUCCCUUUGUCAAUUGCCAAACUUCUUCAUGAGAUUUCAGUACAAGAAUGUGAGAUGAUAGAAGAGAUCAUAGUCAGAGAAGAUGGUGAUGAUGAUCAUGAAGUAGUUGUUGCCCAUAAUAACUCUUCUUUGCAAUUACGCUCUUUGCGUUUAAAUUAUUUGCUAAACUUGGUCCAAUUCUACUGCUCUCCACUAAUAGAAGAUUAUUCUAUGCCUUUAUUCAGUGAAACGGUUUCUUUUCCUAAGUUGGAAGACUUGACCAUCCAUUACUUCACUAAAAAAAUGUUAUGGCCAGAUCAAGUUGUGGAAUCAUCAUCAAGUUCUUAUUACAUGCAAAACUUAACAAGGUUAAAUGUGAGUAAUUGCAAUAAUUUAAAGUAUCUAUUCUCUUUCUCUAUUGCUCAAAAGUUUGUAAACUUAAAGAGUAUACAAGUCAAAGAUUGUAAGGCAAUGGAAGACAUAAUAAGAGUAGUAGAUCAACUUGGAGAAGAAGAUGAUCAGUUGCAAAGGGAUUAUAUUAUUUUGUUCCCUAAAUUAGAAUGUGUUAAGCUUGAUGAGCUUUCAUCCCUCCAAAGGAUUUAUGGAACUGCAUGUACUGAUUUAUCAGAGCUUGUUGUUAGCUCUUCAACACAAACUUUCUUCAAAAAAAAGAUUGCAUUAAUGCCCAACUUAAAAGAGUUUAAUGUUAGGUACUGUCACAAUUUGGAGUCUCUGUUACCAUCUGCCAUAGCUCGAAGACUUGUACAACUUGAGAGAUUAAGUGUAACAAGAUGUGGGAACAUAAAAGUGGUAAUUGUAAGCAAUAGUAGUGAUGAUAAGGAAUAUCUAUCAUUUGAGAAACUUGAAUCCCUUGAACUUGAUAGGCUUCCAAACCUUUUAAGCUUCUGUGAAGGAGAUUAUUGCAUUGAAUGUCCCUUAUUGUCUAAGCUGGUUAUAGAUGAUUGUCCUAAAAUGAAGGAGUUUAUGAAGAUGGUGUCCACUCCUAAUAAACAAAUAAGUCACUUCAAACACAAUAAUAAGGUGAUUUUUCCUAUGCUAAAGAAUUUACAAACAGCCUGGAGUGAAGGAAUUAAGGAGAUAUUUGAGAUGAGUAGUAACUCAAUAAUAUUAUUUCCCAACCUUUCCAAUGUUUCAUUUAAAUCUUAUGGUGACGAACCAAUUGGUGUACCGAAUCUGAACUCAUUCCUUCACAAGUAUCACAAAAUUCGUACACUUUCAUUGUAUGGCUCCUUUGUCAAUUUAAGUAGCACUCGUGGUAGUGGUAAUGGUAAUAGUAAUAGUAAUAGUGACGAUGAAUCGAUGGAUAACAUUACUGCUACUCAUCUUACAUCUAUAGCUUCUUCAUUGGAGACACUGUAUGUUAUUGGUGCUGAGAAGCUUGAUUAUGUGUUUGGGAUAGAACCAUCACAUGCACAUAAUAAGUCCAUUGUCUUAUUUCCAAAUUUAGAUUACGUGUGUGUUCAAGAUUGUAACAGAUUACUGAGCCUUGCACCCUCCAAUAUGUCUUUUCACAACUUGGGAAAUCUCGAAAUUAAAAAAUGUCAUGGACUGAGGUAUUUAUUCUCUUCCUCAACAGCAACCACUCUUCUUCAACUGAGAGAAAUGAGAAUAGAUAAUUGCAAAGAGUUGAGGGACAUUAUUAUUACUAUUAAUACUACUCAGUCGGAAAAUAGUAGUGGUAAUCACCAUCACUACUCCAUACUAGUUUUCGAGAAUUUGAACCAACUAUUUCUAACUGAAUUACCCAAUCUCGAAAGCUUCUACUCAGGAAAUAAAGUUAUGAGCUUCCCAAGUUUGAAACGAUUAUACAUACGAAAUUGUCCUAAGAUAAGGAGAUUUUCAGGUGGGAUUAUAAAAACUUCUUCAUCAUUAUUGAAGACAAUCGAGGUUGAUGGUAAAGAAGAAAUUCUGGAACCACAUGUUAAUACAACUUGGGAAAAUCUUUUCGGGGAACAUAAUACUAACAAUAAUGAUUCCUGAUUCCGAUUCAAGAUUACCACAUGAAUUCACUCAUCGAAAGGUACCUUCCUUCAUUUUUACUUUUUCGUUGUUCUUCAUCUUUUAAUAUUAUAUUAAUUAAUAUGAUAAAGUCUUUAUGUAAAAUUUGCCAAAAUGAGAAUGUGAAAUACUAAAAUUUGUAAAAUAACUCAUCUAAUUUGUAGUCGUUUAGCCAUAUAUUUCAUCAUAUUUUUGUUUGUUGAUUGAACAUCAUGUCUUCUUUGUUGGUUCUGUGGUAAAGGAUUUGUGGAGUGCAUGCAGAUGCAGGGGACUCCUCUUCUCUUCUAUUCUACUAUACUAGAGAGAGAGAGACACACACACACA